AUGAGUGACCUCUCACUACAACAACAACCCAUUCCCCACAACCAUAUUCCUCCAAAACCACCUGACAAAUUCAACUCAACACCAAUAAACGCCCCAUCAUACAAGGAAACUCUCCUAAAGGAGGAGUUCAUCAUCAACAAUAAUGACAACCUAAUAACUGAUAAAUCGACUUCCCAGGCUAUGGAGAUACCACAAACAGAAAUGGACGUCACAGAACCAAUGAAGAAAGCUACUACCUUGAAGCAAAUAAAUCUAACAGCUGAGGACAUUAACCGUAUGUACAGCCCUUGGAAGUUCUCAAUUAUCAUUAAGCUCAUAAGCAAAAGACUGGUGCAUCACUACCUCAAAAAAAAACUACAAGACCUAUGGAAAAUCAAUGAGAAUCUCCCUCUCAUUGAUCUUGGAGAGGACUACUAUACAGUUAAGCUAGCCAAGGAAGAAAACAUGAUCAAAAUUCUACAUAACGGGCCUUGGUUUGUUAAUGGUUUUUUUCUCUCUACUCAAAAAUGGGUACCUAAUUUUGUAGCAAAAAAAGCUUGCCAAAGCUUUACAGCUAUAUGGGUUCGUCUGCCCCAAUUACCCACGGAGUUCUACGAUGGAAUCAUCCUAUCAAGAAUUGGAAACUCCAUUGGAAAAUUACUCAAAGUUGACGCAUGCACCUCAGCUACAUUGAGGGGACGAUAUGCUAGAUUAUGUGUAGAGCUACCCCUAGACCAACCAGUGCAAAAUUUUAUCCUAAUAGGGGAUUGUAUACGAGGGAAAUGA